AUGACAGAUCCGACAAGCGCCGGGCUCGAAGCUGAUGCAGCACCAUCUAGCGGAUCGAAAGCGAGGAAGACGGACCGACUCAGUGAUCUAGAUCGAUUUAACCCGAUGCGCUCUACGAACGGCAACGACGAUGAUGAGGGUGACGAAGAGGACGACCUCAGCCCGUUGGAUGAUUCCGAGCUCAGCUCGGCAACUUACCUUGCUCGGCUUACCGGCGUAGCUUGUCUUGGCGGAUUGCAAUUCGGCUGGGACACGGGUAUUGCGAGCGGUAUGCUCGUAGCAAUUCAUGCUGACUUGGGUCACGAGCUCAGCGAAGGCGAGCAGGAACUGAUUGUCAGUGCAACUACUGUCGGUGCAAUCCUAGGAUCCAUUGUUGCAGGGAGGAUGGCGGACUGGUUAGGGCGGAAAAGAGUCAUGAUUGGAUCCGGCAUCCUCUUCUUCCUCGGCGCUUUGGAGCAAGCAGCAUCACAAGUGGUUAGGGAGCUAGUGCUUGGCCGGGUGCUCGUAGGGCUGGGUGUUGGCAUGGCGAGCAUGGUCGUGCCCACAUACCUUGCGGAAGUAGCGCCAACCAAAGUGCGCGGUAGAAUUGUCGGUAUCAACAGUCUUCUCGUCACCGGUGGUCAAGUCAUUGCCUACCUCAUCGAUGCGGCAUUCUACAAUCUUCCACAUGGCUGGAGAUGGAUGGUGCUUGCUGGCGGUAUCCCAGCCAUCUUUCAGUUGGUGGGCAUGAUCUAUUUGGACGAAUCGCCACGCUGGCUGGUCGCGAAAGGGCGCAUCAUCCGAGCCCGCCGUGUUUUGCAGCGGAUCUAUCCAAACGCAAGUGUACGUAUGAUCGACACCGAGAUCGACCGCAUAGCACGCAGUAUGGAGGGUACAACUCAGCGCGAGGACAUCGACCCUGACGCCGCGCACUCGACCGACCGCCAAGCAGAAGAAGAUAACCAUGGAGCGAAUGAAAUACAAGCAACUCUGGGUAGAAUCGCAGCUGCUCCAGCACAACUCACUUCAACAGCACGUCAACGAACAACGCAAGUGAAGAGCAAGCUCGAUAUGCUCCUCCACGAUCCCACUCAUCGUCUGGCACUGCUGAUCGCAUGUUCGCUGCAAUUCUUCCAGCAGGCGACAGGCUUCAACUCUCUAAUGUACUUCAGUUCUCGACUGCUGCUCAUGGCUGGAUUCGUUGCCAAUCCCAAUGCAGCGGCGGUUGGAAUUGCGGUUGCCAACUUUGUGGGGACCAUGGUUGCGAUGCGAUACAUUGACGGAUGGGGAAGGCGAAAGUUGCUGCUGUACACAACGGCGGCGAUGACGUUCUGUCUCGUGCUUGUUGCAAUCGGCUUCAGUCAGAUCGAUCUUGGCCCAGUGUCUGGUGCACCCGAUGCUGAAAGGAUAAGCAGCUCACGGUCAGCGUGGCCCUACUGGACACUGGUCUCGAUGGUGCUGUUCACGCUGAGCUACGCACUUGGUCUCGGUAUCGUUCCUUGGCUCAUUCAGUCAGAGAUCUUUCCAGGUCAAGUCAGAGGCGUUGGUGCAGGACUAGCCACAGCGACCAAUUGGAGUACGAACUUGUUGGUCUCAGCGACAUUCCUGCAUCUGGUCAAGCUAAUCACGCCACAAGGCUGCUUUGGGCUGUUUAGCAUGGUGUCGGCGUUCAGCUGCGCAUUCACUUAUUGGCAGCUGCCAGAGAUGGCUGGAGUCAGUCUAAGCGAUGUAAAUAGUGCGUUCGGACAAGCGGGACGAAGAUCAAGAGGGGCUGAUAGAGAGACAUAUCAGGCAGUACCUUCUGCUGAAGAUAGCGAUUAA